CUGCGUAGAAGAAAUUGCAUUGAUUGCGAUGACAAGUGGGUGAAAGUGUGCAACUUUGAAUUUCAUCAGCGUGUUUUGAAUUGUAUUUGCGUGAUGAUUUCAAGUGAGUGAGAUCUAUAGCAUCGGUACUUAAAAUGCUGCUUUCAGAAGAAAAAAAUCCUUGUCUCAACGAGAACGAAUUCCUUGGACUAGAUAAGGCUUGUCUGAGUGUUCUCAACGAAAAUCCAUAUCCUUUAACUUUGUACUCCAUUCUAGAUGCUUGCCACGUGAAAAAUUGCUAUGGAUUGGAAUGGCAAAUAUUACCUCCAAAUAGUAACACCACUCUCGUAACAGAGGCAAAAUUACCUCUUCACAUUUAUUACAAAAGCUUAAAUGGCACGCAAUACUGCCACACGACUUUUAACUUCAGACAGUAUGGGCGCUACGGCUGGAAUCUUACCGAGAAUGGCUGCUCUUCCAUUUACACUUUUUACGAAUCUUGGAACCCUUAUUUGCCAAUUUUGGCAGCUUUCAUGAUCUUUAUGUUCCUCGCCACUGUUUUUGCUACCUCGAGUACAAUUAUCAGGACAGUCAAACUUUUCAGAAGACGUGAAAGCGGCGAACGAGAUGACGUCGCAAGAUUACAGGAUUCCGAUUCUGCUUCCCCACUGAUCAUCAACAUUUCGAAAACUGCUUCGAGGUUGCAGUCUGUGGACGCGUUUCGCGGAAUCGCCAUUUUAUUGAUGAUAUUUGUUAACAACGGCGGAGGAAAAUAUUAUUUCUUUGAACACAGUCCUUGGAAUGGUCUCACAGUCGCUGAUCUCGUUUUACCUUGGUUCGCCUGGAUAAUGGGCUUUAUGAUUGUUAAAUCUGUUCGCGUGAGUCUUCAAUUAUCCAUUUCUCGGAGCCGAAUAAUGUUGAGACACAUACGGCGCACUUUAAUUCUUAUUUUUUUGGGAUUAAUGAUUAAUUCCCAACGAAAAUAUACAUUGUGGGAUCUCAGAUUUUCUGGAAUAUUGCAACUUUUGGCAAUCACGUAUUUCAUCUGCGCCAGUAUAGAGACUAUUUUUCUGAAGCCACAGAGAAGUUUUCAGGGGAUUUUAUUACAGUAUGGGAGAUUCGUGUUCUUGUCGGAUAUUUUCGACAGUUGGCCCCAGUGGUUGAUUAUCAUCAGCAUUAUGACGAUUCACACUUUGCUGACGUUUUUGCUUCAAGUUCCUGGUUGUCCGACUGGAUAUUUGGGUCCUGGGGGAUAUGAUCAUUAUGGAGAUUUCGUUAAUUGUACGGGAGGCGCAGCUGGUUACGUCGACAGACUCGUUUUAGGAAAGCAUAUGUACAAUGAAACAGAAAAUCUUAUUUUUGGACAUACCUUGCCACAUGAUCCCGAGGGAAUAAUGAACACAUUGUCUGCGAUUUUAAUCGUUUACUUGGGCGUACACGCGGGCAGAAUUUUCUUCACUUACUAUCAAUGCACUGCAAAAAUGAUAAGAUGGUUUAUAUGGUCUUUAGUAACGGGUCUCCUUGCGGGAAUACUGUGCAAUUUCAAGCAAGAAAAUGGCUUGAUUCCAAUAAACAAGAAUAUGAUGUCUCUCUCCUAUGUUUUUGCGACUACGUCCUUUGCAUUUCUCCUAUUUACAGUCCUGCAUUUCUUAAUCGACUACAAAAAGUGGUGGUCGGGCGCACCUUUUAUUUACGCAGGAGCAAAUCCCAUUUUGCUUUUCGUUGGACACUAUCUGACGAUGGGCCUUUUUCCAUGGACCUGGAAAACAAUGGGAUCGGAAACGCACACUUCUUGGUUAAUUAUGAAUUUAUGGACGACUGUUUUGUGGAAUUUGAUCGCCUAUGGACUCUACAUCAGAGAAAUUAUUAUAAGUAUUUGAAGAUUCAGUUUAAGCUGAUGAAAAAAGUGAAUUGGCAAACACUAUCUACCUUAUCGAGAAGAGAAUUAUUUUAAACUUGAUUGUUAUUUAAAGUCUAUUAGAGUAACUUCUAUUUAUAAGAACAAAUUACGUCCCUUUUUCUCCAUUUUGAGAGUGAUACUUUAUAAUAUACAGUAUUUUGUGAUAUUUACUACA